GGGAACUGUGUGUGUGGAGAAGAUGAAGAGAAGCCUCCCGGCCUGUCUUCCUGUACCCAUCUUCAAUCUGAAGAAAAGGAAUAGACAGCCACUAACCUCCGUUCCUCAGAUUAAAGAACUGACUUCAGAUGGGACUCAUCUUGUCCAUGAAAGUUUUCACUUACCUUCUUUGCCAACAGACUCCAUUUGGGAAAGCAGAAUUUCUCAGUUGCAAAAUGCUGGUAAAAAAAUGGAGAUUAGACCAACAGAUAAAAGAGCAAAUAUCUUUCCUGGAGAUGAAAAUAUGUUUAACAACUUUGGUAAAGAUUUACUUUCUGGUCCUAAAAGGCAUUACGGACAAAUGGAGAGCUUGAAAGGAAAAAGUGUAAAUGAGAAGUAUUCUCCGGUGCCGCUCUCCACAUCUGUGCCAUCUUACAAGAGUUCACAUUAUUCUUCUGCUACUUCAUCAGGAACAAAAGAGCAUCAGCCAUCAUAUUCAUUUAAGUGUAAUGUGAAAUUGAACAAUGAUAGUGCAUUUGCUGAUAUGCCAGAAGAAGAAAUGGUACAGGCUAUACCUCUUUACCAAAUGACUUUUAAAGAAAAGAGUAAUUCUUUAAGGAUCAUAUCUGCAUCAGUAAAGAGCAUGAAGUACUGGAGUCAGUACAGCAACAGUAUUCCUCUGUUAUUUGAAAUACUAGCAACCCUUGACUCUGCCGUCACUUCAGGCGACAAUGGCUCAAAACUCUUCCUUCUAAGAGAUGGCAAGAACCAUAUUCAAUGCAUAUUUUAUGAAAUUGACCGGGACUUGCCAAGACUAAUCAGAGGUCGAAUUCAUAGAGCAAUGGGGAAUUAUGACCAGAAAAGAAACAUGUUUAAGUGUGUUUCUGUGAGACCGGCAUCGGUGGCAGAGCAACAGGCCUUUACGGAAUAUGUCUUCACUGCAGAUAGAGAGAUGGAGAAGUGUGUUACAAGUCUAGAAGACACUAAAUGAGAUGUUAACAGAUUUUCAUCUUGUCAAAGGCACAUUAUUAAACAAUGUUAUCUUGUUUUCGCACUAUAAAUAUAGCUUUAGCAUGUUCUAA